AGAGCACUCCGUUAUUUUGCGUCAUUUUAACAAAGUUUCUUCUAGUGAGAGGAUACAGGUUUAGGUAGUAAGUGUUUUAUAUACCAAACAUGCAGGAUCUUAUUCUGAAGGGUCCCAAAGUUGAGGAUCAGGUGUCCAUGGGAUUUGGUGAAUAUUUUUGGUUAACUGCCGAAAAAUUUGGGGACAGAAUUUUUCAAAUCCAUGCUUAUACAGAGGCGACACAAACCUUUGGCAGGGUGAAACAGAAAGCACUGAGAGUAGCAAUCCAGCUAAGAAAAUUUGGUGUAAAAGAGAAAGAUGUGGUGAUGGUUUGUGGAGAAAACGACUUAAAUGAUAUAGUUCCUGUUCUGGCAGGUCUGUUUUUGGGCGCGUGUGUGUCUUGCACAGCUCCGCUUAUGGGUCUAUACGAUUAUGAACAAUCAUUUGCCAGUAUUAAACCAAAGGCCAUAUUUGUUAUACAGCGUGAUCUACAUACCAUAGUAGAAGCCACUAAGUUCUUGGACUAUGAACCCCUAAUUUUUGUUAUGGGUGAAUCUGGAGAAUACCCUACAUUGUCAGAUAUGGAGAAACGUGAAACUGAAGAAGAAUCUACAUUUAAACCAGUGGAAGUAAACAUCUACGACGCAGCUUUUAUUUUAUUUAGCAGUGGGACAACAUCAGCACCAAAAGGAAUAUACUUGUCGCAUUUCACAAUUCUAUCUGGUCCAUGUCGAUUGAAUAAUAAUCAUCGAUUUGUUCUUGAUACUCCUCUGGGGCAAUUUUGCACUUUAUUUUGGAUAUCAUGCCUAUGGGUUACAUCAUAUAGCAUUGUGAAUGCGCAACCACUGAUUGUUGCUCCAUCCAUUAAAACCGAACGUUAUUUGGAACUGAUUGAUAAGUAUAAGAUUGCUCACUGCUUCCUCUUUUAUUCGACAGUGGUGAACAUGGCAAACACAGAAUUAAGUAUCUUAUUGAAGUACGAUUUGUCACACGUAACCUAUGUUUCAUGGGGAGGAACAUAUAUAGAUGCUAAAUAUAUUUUGAAGCUCAGAAAAAUAUUUCCUAACGCCUUAGUUUAUCAGUCGUAUGCUGCUACAGAAAUUGGAGCGAUUCCAUUCGGUUGGCGAGAUUUUGAUCAAGAAGCUUACAAUAAUAAACUUCUUUCAGUUGGAAAAGUUAAUAUCAAUACCGAAGUUAAGAUUAUUGAUAUAGAGUCAGGACAACUGUUGGGCCCGAACCAGACAGGCGAAAUUCUGAUAAAAUCCCCAUAUCGCAUGCUUGGCUACACGAAUUUAGAUAGUUCUCAGAACUUUGAUGAUGACGGCUUUCUUAAAACCGGGGACAUUGGAUAUUACGAUGAGCAACAUUACUUUUACAUCGUGGAUAGGUUGAAACAAGGUUUCAAAUAUCGAGCGAUGAACAUUUUUCCCCAACUAGUAGAAGAAACAUUAAGAAAACAUCCAGCUGUGGACGAAGCAGUGGUGUUUCCUAUGUACCAUGAAGUAGACUUUUCACAUCCGGCUGCCUGUAUUGUUCUUCAGAAAAAUGCUCAUGCAUCAGCUCAGGAACUAUCAGAUUUUGUAGUCAAAAACAUGUCAGAAAUUCACCGACUUAGAGCAGGAAUUAAAUUUCUUAAUUCCAUGCCGUUUACUGCUAGUGGCAAGAUUGCUCGUACAGAAGUUAAAAAGUUAUUCUUUGCAGAUCGGGGAUCAUUGUAGAUUAUAGGUAACUAUUAGAAGGUAGGGAAAUAAUUCUCAAAGGAAGCUAAGUAGGCGUAAGUAGGUAGACUUAGUUGAAAUGUAAAUCUGGUAGAACAUUAAGUAAAAACUUGGAGAUUUGAACAAAAUUUAAAAUAUAAAUAAAAUAUUUUGCAGUGCUUGAAAAUAAAUAAUUAUUUUAAUCUAUUUAUAUUAUAUUUAAUUUAUGACAUUAUUUCCAAACUGGUUCUUUGAAGUUUUGUUCGUCAAUCAACAAAAAGUUUGCUAUAACGCAUCACUUGCUUUUAGAGUCAGAUGAAUUUCAAACUACGUCAUUUUGAGAGGUUCCCGGUUUCACUGCAUGUUCAUCACUUUCGUCAUUUGUACUUUCUCUCUUGACACCCCAUCACGUUUUAAGCGGAAGCAUAUUAAAGAUUGAAUUUGUAAUAAAUAACACGCAAUUUAUCAUUCCAUUCCAAAGUCUGUUGAGAGGCUCCUUGAGAAGGAAGUCAUGCAGAUAAAUUCAAGCUUCUUGCAUCGUCAGUGAAACUGUUCUAUUUACUUCGACAAUGAGGGAUUUUGGAAGAUUUUAAGAGACAAUAAAGAAUAGUGGCUUUAAUUUAAAAUCCCAA